AUGAGUGUUUAAGGACUAAUAAAGACUGGAGUGGUACUAGCAAAUGCUCUAUUAUUAACAGGAGGAUAUGUGAUCUAUAAAAGACUCUAUACUAAUUACUUAAAGUUCAAAAAGGAAUCAAAAAGAUUGGCAGAUGGCGGAAAAUCUGAUUAUUAAUAUUUGAUUGAUGCUUUGAAUAAGGAGGGCAAAGAAGGACCCUUAGUCUAAGUCAAUGACAUCUCUUUCAUUGGCACUUCUGAACAGUUAACCCCAACAUCCUAUGUGCAUUCAAAAGUCAACAAAAUAUAGAAAUUUAUUUGCGUCAAAGGAACACUACACGAAUACAACAAAGACAUUAUUCAGACUUAAUGGGUCAAAGCAUUUAAUUUGAAGGAUCAAAAUAAUCAUAAUGUUCUGAUCCACGUAACUAACAAAGAUUCCUUUGUGGCUUCAUUAUUCUAAAAAGUAUUGCCACCCUCAGAAAAUGAUUCAUAAAUUGAAAAUGUUAAGGAAGCAUUUAGUGUGAAAGUUACAGAGGAAGGAAUAGCAUUUGGAUCAAGCCUAUAUGUAUUUGGGAAUUUCAUAAAAAAUAAAUUGGGAUAAAUCUAAUGUGCGGAAUCUAACUUGAUUUGCAAGGCAGUCGAUGCAAAAGAUUAAACCUAAACUUAUUCUUAUGUGUAUUUGUUUGGAGCUGCCUGCGUGGUAACUUGUUGCUUGUUGAUUUCUGGGAUUUCCCUCUAUUUAACAUUCGAAUAAUCAGAGGAGAAACAAAAUAAAGUAGGUUCAAAAAGGAGGUGA